GCUGUACUGUAGCUACAUGGGAGCCAGCUCUCUGAUUCUCUAUAGCUGUUUCAUGGAUAGCUGUGUGUCAGCUUAGGAGUCAUCCAUUACACCAUACACACUUACAAAAAGGUGCUAUCUAGAACCAAAAAGGGUUAUUUGGCUGUCCCAAUAGGAGAACUCUUUGAAGAACCCUUUUUUUGUUCCAGGUAGAACCCUUUGUUUCCUCGUAAAACCCUAUUAGGUUCCAUGUAGAACUCUGUCCACAGAAACCAAAAAGGGUUCUACCUGGAACAAAAAGGUUUCUACCUUGAACCAAACAGGGUUCUCAUAUGGGACAGCCGAAGAACCCAUUUGGAACCCUUUUUUCUAAGUGUGUACAGAUCAACCAUACUACUAAAUAACCAUUCAUUACACCAUGCAGAUCAACCAUACUAAUCAAUAAUCAUUCAUUACACCAUGCAGAUCAACCAUACUAAUCAAUAAUCAUUCAUUACACCAUACAGAUCAACCAUACUAAUCAAUAAUCAUUCAUUACACCAUACAGAUCAACCAUACUAAUCAAUAAUCAUUCAUUACACCAUGCAGAUCAACCAUACUAAUCAAUAAUCAUUUAUUACACCAUGCAGAUCAACCAUACUACUAAAUAACCAUCCAUUACACCAUACAGAUCAACCAUACUACUCAAUAGACUUCUAGCUCUCCAUACAUACAGAUAAACCAUACUAAUCAAUAGACUUCUAGCUCUCCAUACAUACAGUUCAACCAUACUAAUCAAUAGACUUCUAGCUCUCCAUACAUACAGAUCAACCAUACUAAUCAAUAGACUUCUAGCUCUCCAUACAUACAGUUCAACCAUACUAAUCAAUAGACUUCUAGCUCUCCAUACAUACAGUUCAACCAUACUACUCAAUAGACUUCUAGCUCUCCAUACAUACAGAUCAACCAUACUAAUCAAUAGACUUCUAGCUCUCCAUACAUACAGUUCAACCAUACUACUCAAUAGACUUCUAGCUCUCCAUACAUACAGAUCAACCAUACUAAUCAAUAGACUUCUAGCUCUCCAUACAUACAGAUCAACCAUACUAAUCAAUAGACUUCUAGCUCUCCAUACAUACAGAUCAACCAUACUAAUCAAUAGACUUCUAGCUCUCCAUACAUACAGGAGGCAAAGUUCUUGUCCAGGGAAUAUGAGGACAGUUGCAAAGGCAUUCAUGACUGAGUUUAAGCUGUAGCGUGACCUCACAGUUGGGGUUAGUGUAUCUAUCUGUGAAAUGUAGGGAAUGCAGUUACUGAUGUAACUUUGUUAUCAACUUGUUUGGAAAGAGCAGUCUGAGAAAAGCCUCCCUUUGUACCCUGAGACAGAUGGGGAUCCCUACACAGAGUGGAGUGAUUAUGGAAUGUGUGUGUGUACAACAGCUGCUGGGGAGAGUAGCUAUAUUCCUGUGUGCAGAGAUGUCACUGCCAUAGUGUCAGAAACAGAUCCAGACUUGAACAUUGCGACUGCAGCCAGAUGUUCAGAUUCAUUGCUAGCAGCUCCUCUCUGGGGCUGUGUUCCAAAUGGCACCAUAUUCUCGACAUAAUGCAAAACUUUUGACCAGAGCCCUAUGGACCCUGUCCAAAAGUAGUGUAAUGUAUAGGAAAUAGGGUGCCAUUUGGAAUGCAGCCUGAAUAUUCAUAGCUCUGCUGGACUCUGGCUUCACCCUGCUGUAGUUAGUUCACUGCUAGUAGGAGAGUCAGAAGGGGAGAGACGAAACACACUUACAAAUACUAGCUUGGUAAAUCUGUUCUUAAAGUGAUCUGCUGUUUGAUCUGUGUGAAGGUUGGUGUUGCUAAUCCAGGUGAUGAGGAUGUCUGAGAGGAACAUGGCAAAUCCAUAUAGCUCUUUCAUCAGACAGCAGUCCCUCUGGAUCUACCUGACCACCAGCCACACCACCAGACUACCUGUUCCCUAGUAACACACUGUAACAGACUGUAGAGACAACAUGGACACAGCUCUGAUGUUUACUCUGGAGGAGCGACAGUCUCUGGCCAUGUUAGCAUCACCAGGCAGGACCUUCUCACCACAGACACAGCCAACAGCACAGACACAGGUACAGCAACAGACACAACCACAGACACACACACACCAGUCCUCCUCAGACUGUGCUCCAGAGUAUUCUCAUGAUGGUGACAGCUCCACAGAGAGCAGUGAGGAUGUCUGUCUGCCAGGACCUCUAAGCCCGGAGCUGUCGAAACUGGAACUAGACCACCAGGACAUACCCCAGCAGGACAGGGAGGCUGGUAGUGAAUAUAACAGUACUGGAGCUCCUGGGAUAGAGGGGGAUCUAGCUGUUAGUACUGGAGGUCCAGGAGGGCCAGCAGAGUCUGGUUCUGAUGUCUCCCCUCCUGACCCUCUAGACCUAGUCCAGAUCGUCUGUCCCGCGGGUCUCCUCAGUGAGCCAGGCAGUGUCACAUCACCAUCGCCUGAUGAUGCCAAUAACAAUGGAUUGGAUUUACACAGCACUUCUCCAGGAGCAGCUGAGGACCACUGCCUAGCCUCCAAUGUUCCUUCUCCUAGGAUAGAGGGAGAUGUGGAUGUUCUUGCUCCUAGGAUAGAGGGAAACCUGGAAGUUGAGGACAGUAACAGACGUGUAGAAUCAGGACAUACCCUGGAUGCUAACCUCUCUGGUCAGCUAGAGGACAUGGAGCUGGGACAUACCUCACCCAGGCAGACAAAGACCGACAUGGAGCUGGGUCAUACCUCACCCAGGCAGACAGAGACAGACAUGGAGCUGGGGCAUACCUCACCCAGGCAGACAAAGACCGACAUGGAGCUGGGACAUACCUCACCCAGGCAGACAGAGACAGACAUGGAGCUGGGGCAUACCUCACCCAGGCAGACAGAGACAGACAGGGAGGUAGAGGAGGAGUCACCCAGGUGGACAGAGACAGACAGCCAGCCUGAGGACUACUCAGAGGGGCCUGUGGAGAACGGACAAGUCCCUACUGAUCUGGAACACACAGAAGACAACCAUGUCCCCGUCCCUCUAGUCCCAACAGAGAAUGGAUAUAUCCCUACCCUUCUGGUCCAAUCAGAGACAGAGGUCAGCCACGUCACUAUCUCUGUGGUCCAAUCAGAGGCUUUUAGCUCCAUCCCUUCUCUAGUGGUCAGUGUAGACAACAACAUGGAUCCCUUCAGACCUCCCUCCCUCACCCUGGCCCUCUCUGAGGCCCCCUUGGCAGGGCUAGGCCUCUGCGAUCACCCCUGCAUUAUCAAACACAAACCUAGCUCCAUCACCUUCUCAGACUUCACCUGUAGUCCCUCCACCUGUCACUCUAGCACCGACCACAGCCUCUUCAUCAACAACAGCUCUGACUGCAGGGAGUCUUCCUCAGAGAAGGAUGAUGAAGGUGAGGAUGAUGAAGAUGGGGAUGAUGAGAACACAUUCCCAGAGCUGCUUCAGAGCAGGGAGUUCCUGGUCAGUCGGAGGAGAAGGAGCAGCAACAGAGACAAAGGAGUUAAGGAGAGAGGAUCUACAACCAACACUACAGCCAGCUCCCACCUCUCCUCCUCCUCCAAAAACCAUAACCACAGUGGCUACGAGGCAGAGACUGAGACCAGCAGCACAGAGCAGGAAGAACAGGAGGCCAAUGGGAGGGUCACACCCAUCUCCACCGAAGGAGGCUGUGGCUCAGACACCAGCACUACGGUAGCCCCGCUAGAGAACACACCCCUCAAUAGGAUGAUUGUCAGGAGGAGAGGGGUUUUAAUGCAGCAUGGAGAAAGAACUGGGGGCACAGGGGCUCCUGGGGGCCCUCACAGACAGAACACAGAGCCGGGGGCCAGGGGCUCCAACAGACAUACAGACACACUCAGAACACAGAUGACAGUUCCACAGGAGUCUCCCCUGGUCCAGCCUCAGACCCCGUGGUGUGAGUCUAUGAGCCAGCUGAUGAGGGAACUGGACCAGCUCAACCUGGACAUAGAGGAGGCUCUGAGUGCAUCAUCCUCCCCCUCGGACACACCCUGCACUGCACGCAGACAACAGUAUGGAGCUGUGUCUGGGACGGCAGUAAACCAAUCUCUUAACGAGGAGGACAGUACACUGCUGCAGCGAGGGGAACCAGAUACAGAAGAAUGUCCCAGACAGGACCAACACAAGACCUUGGCCCCUCGUAGCUCAGCCGAAGGAACCAGAGCCAGGACCAACAAGACAGUCAUGUGCAGUAAGAUGACCAAUGCAGGUGCAGAACUCGAGGCGAAGGAGGCGUGUGAUUGGCUACGAGCGGCAGGAUUCCCCCAAUAUGCUCAGCUCUUUGAAGACUCUCAGUUCCCCAUCGACAUCUCUCAUGUGAAGAAAGACCAUGACUUUCUGGACAAAGACCUGGUGGAACCUCUGUGCAGACGACUCAACACCUUGAACAAGUGUGCCUCUAUGAAACUAGACGGCAACCUUCCUAAGAAAAAGAGUGAAGACUCUGAUGAGGAGGACCUGUUUGCCAUCAGUGACAAAUGGACGUUUGAGUGGACGAGCCGCCGCUGGUCCAGACUAAAGGGAGAGGGGCAGAGUCCCAGGGAGGGGGAGGGGCGGGGCCUGCGGAACACUACCAGUAGCGAGAGUGUUCUAACUGACCUCAGCGAACCAGAGGUCUCAUCUCUCCACAGUGAGAGCAGUGGGGGGAGUGGCCACCAGGCUGUGAGCACAGAGGACUCAGACUGCUCUAACCGGAACUACUCCAACUCUGCAGCCAUGCCUGAACCUGACUCCACCUCCCUUACCCUACCACACCUCCCUAAGCACCUCCCCUAUUACGGCUCGCUGCCCACCAAAAACGACCGCGCCGGACGGACCCGAGCCAAGGACUUCCUGCGCCGCAUGGAGACGCUACGUUCCCGGGGAACGUUGGAUAGGGGGUGGAGCAAGAUGCUGGUUAUCAGCGCUCCGGUACUGCAGAUGGACCCGCAGGCCCUGAAGACGAUGCCCUGUGUGGAGAUCACCAAUGGGGACGGGUCGGGGGCGGAGGUAUCCACUGGGGGACCAAUCCUAGGGCUAACCCCCCAGUGCCCCUCCAGCAGUGAGGGCAGCCACUCCAGCGGCAGCACCGUCUCCUCCCCCAGUCUGAAGGAGAGGAAGCCCCACUCCCAGCGGACGGACCGGUCCAACGCCAAGCGCAGUGGCAUGUAUCUGGAGGACUUGGCCGUGUUCUCCAGCCUGCAGUGGAACAGUGGAGUGGCCGAACACAACCGGCAUAACGAGUACCGCUCCUACGAGGACCUGGUGGUCCACAUACCCAAAGACCACAAGCCUGGCACCUUUCCCAAGGCCCUGUCCAUAGAGAGCCUCUCCCCCACCCCGGGGGCCUCCGUCCCCUGGCACAGCGGCAGCCUCAACCCCCUGGAGCCUCAGUCCAACCCCAACCCCCGACCUAACUCUAACCCCAGGGAGUUCCACCCCCGCCCGGCCACCCAGUUCUGCCCACGGGGCAGUAGGAUCAGUGUGUAUGACAACGUCCCUGGGUCUCACCUCUAUGCCUCUACUGGAGACCUGCUGGACCUGGAGAAGGAAGACCUGUUCCCCCACAUGGAUGACAUCCUGCAGCACGUCAACGGCCUGCAGCAGAUAGUGGACCACUGGUCCAAGAACAUGCUGCCCUCUGCAGGCCUGGACGGACAGGGGAUCCAGCCUGCAGGAUUGCAGUCUUCCAGCCAGAUCACGCUGGACUUUGAGGGGACGUCUGUUCUGGAGGGACAGAGCACAGCCAGUGACAGGGACAGAGACGGCGUGUCCCUCAUUGAGACUCACUGUACAGGACACAGAGAGAGGAGGGACUCAGGGGUGGGAGCAUCACUAACCAGACCCAACCGUCUGCGAUGGCCCAGCUUCCAGAUGUCCAAACGGCUCAGCCACUCAGUGGCCUCGCUCCAGAUCACCAACCAAUCAGCAGGCCAGCUCAGCCUGCUGCAGAAGUUCUCUCUCCUCCGCCUCACUGCCAUCAUGGAGAAAUACUCCAUGUCCAACAAACACGGAUGGACCUGGUCGGUUCCAAAGUUCAUGAAGAGGAUGAAGGUUCCAGACUACAAGGACAAGAAUGUGUUUGGUGUUCCUCUGAUUGUUCACGUCCAGCGCUCUGGUCAGCCCCUCCCCCUCAGCCUGCAGCAGGCCCUUCGAUACCUCAGGAGCCAGUGUCUAGACCAGGUGGGCCUGUUCCGUAAGUCUGGUGUGAAGUCUCGUAUCCAGGCGCUGAGGCAGAUGAAUGAGUCGUCUCCUGAUGAUGUCAGCUACGAGGACCAGUCAGCGUACGAUGUAGCAGACAUGGUCAAGCAGUUCUUCAGAGACCUGCCUGAACCUCUACUGACCAGCAAGCUGGGAGAGACCUUCCUACACAUCUACCAGUAUGUUCCUAAGGACCAGCGGUUGCAGGCUGUGCAGGCGGCCAUCAUGCUGAUGUCAGACGAGAACAGGGAGGUGCUACAAAUGUUGCUCUGCUUCCUGUCUGACGUCACUUCCUCUGUGGAGGAGAACCAGAUGACUCCCAUGAACAUCGCUGUGUGUCUGGCCCCGUCCCUGUUCCACCUCAACCUCCUGAAGAAGGACAACCUCUCACACAGGGCCAUGCAGAGGAAGUACACGACAGGCCGGCCCGACCAGAAGGACCUGAAUGAGAACCUUUCCGCGACGCAGGGACUCGCCCACAUGAUCAUAGAGUGCAACCGACUGUUUGAGAUUCCUCAUGAGAUGGUGACUCAGUCCAGGAACUCGUACGCGGAGGCGGACCUUCACGCUCCCACCUUAGAGGAGCUCUGUAGACAGCAGGAGGAGGACGAUGCGUCCUGCCAGACAGAGGCCAGACCCUGCCAGACACACACAGAGACCAGACCGCAGAACCUGUACCAGAGCUACGUAGAGAGCAGGCUCCAGGAGCUCCUGAAGGAGGUCAGAGAGAAGGCUAAGGGCUGGGUGUCCUGCACCAGCUCAGACAGCACUGAGCUCUACUGUAAAAAGGUGGGUGAUGGGAACCCUUUGCGGCGGUGGCGUGUGGUGGUAGAGGUGGAGGCCCCUCCCUCGGUGGUGUUGAACCGUGUGUUGCGAGAGCGCCACCUGUGGGACGUGGACCUGCUGCAGUGGAAGGUAGCUGAGACUCUGGACAGACACACUGAGGUGUUCCACUAUGUCCUCAACCGCAUGCCCCCACACCCCAGCAGAGACUUCCUGGUCCUACGGUCAUGGAGGACUGACCUUCCCAAGGGGACGUGUGCAUUGGUGUGUGUGUCUAUAGAACAUGAGGACUGUCCCCGGGUUGGUGGGGUAAGGGCCGUGGUUCUAGAGUCUAACUACCUUCUAGAACCCUGCGGCUCUGGGAAGUCCAGACUCACUCACAUCUGCAGGGUGGACUUCAAAGGGCGGAGUCCAGAGUGGUACAACAAGGUCUUUGGUCACCUCUGUGCUGCUGAAGCUGCUCGCAUUCGCAACUCCUUCCAACCAAUGAGCACAGAGGGGCCAGAGACCAAGAUCUGACACAAGAGUCUUCCAUCCAUAGAGCUAGACCCACACAUACCUGGAGGGAACUAGACCCAACCUGGCCUGGCCUAGAGCUAGUUUAACCGAGUUGGAUUUGUAACCUCACUCCCCAGCCUGAAAUGUCUCCACCCUCAAUAUCGAACUGCUAACUUUUGGGUAGCGUAGUUGGCUAAGACGUUGUCAAGAUGCUAGUCACCUGUGUUUGCUAGACAGAGGGUGCAAGAUCAAGGACCAGUAAGGAUUUGUGAGUGAGGAAGCUAUACCGAGGAAGCACAGUGCUCUCUGUUACACUAGACGGAAUGAUGGACUGAGAGGAGGAGUAUAUAUUCAUAGUCCUGAAGCCAAUAGGCAGAGCUGAAGCACUAAACCAGCGGAUGGCCGCCCUUUGGCCUCUGACCACCGAACAUCGGUCAUCAUUUUCUAUUUAUUUCCCGACGAUUCUACAUGUUGAAUCGCCGCCGUUUGUCAACCUCCAGCAGGUGUGCGCGGCCAAUGUUCAUGUUGGUCUGUCUUGAAAUGUGAUGCCAGAACACAGAGACUAAAGAGAGUAUGGAGCUUUCUGGACUGUCUACACAAUUACACAACAAGAUCUCCUUAGGUGCUGGACGUUAUUAAGACGUUAUUAUGAUGUUAUUAUGACAUGUAUUAUUAUUAUUAUUAUUAUUUGUAUUAUUAUGACCGAAAGGGGAACAGAAUGAUCCUGCCAAUGUCCAUUAGUAUUUAGUAUUAGAGUUAUGUCUUGGACAUUUAAGCUCUUUAAAGCUUCUGGAAAGCUGUAUAUUAUUUUAUUAAUGUAAAAUGUCAUGCUUUAUGUAAGAUAUGCUGUAUGUGCACGCAUGUGUCUGUAUAUAUAUCUGUGUGUGUGAAAACAUACAUACAAAUAUACUAGCUGUAUAUAGUGUAUAAUUGAAAGGCUUAAUGCUACAACCUGCAUUGUGUCAUUGUUAUUAUAAUUCAUUUGGUACUAAUCUGUAAACUGGUUUUACUGGGCUUCAA